AUGUCACUCGUCACUAAUGGUGGCAGAAUCGUGCCCAUACUUACGGGCUCUGAUUCUCGCGAUCCCACCCUCGAGGUGUCUGCGUUGUUAGACGGAUCUCUUCCUCCCAUCCCUAUUACUCCAAUUCCUUCCACACCGACCACGCCCCGCCUGUCGCAGGACCAACAAGCUUGCAAACAGGUCAAGCCCGUGCACCAUGCGAGCUUAGAAAUGCCCUCUCUCCAACAAAGGGGCCUUUAUGCAAUCCCCACGGAGGGAGAUGGCAAUUGUCUCUAUUACUCCCUCUCCGACCAACUGUAUGGCGACACCCACCAUGCAGACGAAAUUCGACAGCUUCUUGCCAGUCACAUGGCUUCCAAUAAAGAUUACUUCAUGCAAUUUGUCGUUGCUGAAGGUGGGGAGCGCCGCCGCCCUAAACGUGCGGCUGCCUCUGCGUAUGCUACUCGAUCUGCCGAUGUCUCUGCUCCCUCCGAGGAGGACAUGGAACGGCGAUUCCAAGGCAUGAUUGCUACCACCCGUAAGAACGGGGAGUGGGGUAGCUCCGAGCAUCUCCAGGCAUUUUGUCAGGUCUUCAAGGUCGACUUGAAUGUAUACACCAUGGAUGGUGUUUCGGUGUUCCAGGAUGUCAAUGCCCUCCCAAAUCAAUAUCGGGAUGUUCUGCACGUAGCCUUCCAUGACUUCAAGCACUACUCUUCAGUGCGGGGUAUCGAGGGCAAGCAUGAAGGGCUUCUUACCAAGCUAAACCCUCUCCAGCCCUUCGAGGAGGGAAUCAAGUCCGAGGUCGUUCCAGACUCCAAAGCCGACUUCGAUCAUGAACAAUUCUCUUCACAGGAGGAAAAAGCCGUUGAUAGUUAUACAACCAACGAUGCUAGCCUUGCUGUUGACCUAUAUCCUCCUUGGGAUAUCAAAACUAUCCAAGAAGGAUUGGGUGGCCGAUAUGACCGGGAGACCAUUGUGAACAUGCUCCAAAGAUGUCGUGGUGACAUUGACCGUGCAUUCGCCGCGCUCCUAGACGAGAAGACAGACGUCCUAUCUGAUAGGAAAGCUGCCCCCGGAAUUCCUAUCAAACCAAGCUUGCAGGCCUCACGCUCUUCUUCUCCAUUCAGCACGGGUAGCAAGCGGUCCGCAGAAGACAGCGACGACUCUGAAGAUCCUCGUCCCGCGCGACGCACCCGACCUAAGAAACGGCUCCUUUCCAAUCUUACCUUAGGCGUUGGUAUCUCAUUCAGGGAUGAUUAUGACGAGGUUGUCUCCUUGAAUCUUCGAAUGAACUCCGACACUGAAGACAGUCAGGCCACAGACCGCACUCCCCCGGGUAACACUAACCCGGAACAACCGGACAUGGGCGAGAAGAAAUGUCGUCGCAGUAGACGACUUUCCCGCCCGCGCUCGAGCUGA